UAUUCCAGCAUCCAUGAAGUCGCCAGCGCCACGAGGACGAUACAAAGCAAAGUUAAUGCACUUUGUACUCCCAACAAAUAUGCUGUGUUGUGGACGUAAGAAGGAGAUGAAGGAAGUUGUAGGGCCCUCCGUGGUAGAAGAAGUUAUUGGUAGACCUGGUCCAUCUCGCCCCAGGAUACCGGAAAUGGUAGUUCAGAGAGAUUUCCGAAAGGUCAGUGGAAUUUCUACGGAGGUCUUCCGGCAGAUUGAAGCGGUCGAGAAUGACUACGAUGCUACGACAGCCGCUAAUAUGGAGGUUGUAGAAAGGCGUGGGGAGAUGAUCAUCCGGGUCUUAGACCCCCGAAGCUUGGGCCGAAUUGGCGCCGAAACUAGCAAGAAGUACCUGAGUGCUGCUACUAGUAGCCACACUGUUCAGUUUAUAGAAAUUAUUAAACGUCCAGGGCAGACGUUAGGGUUGUACAUACGAGAGGGGGACGGGAUCCGGCGGACGAGGGGAGUAUACAUCUCCAGGAUAGCUCUUGAAAGUGCUGUGUACAACAGUGGAUUACUCAAAGUAGGUGAUGAGAUUCUAGCUGUGAACUUGGUUGAUGUAAAGCAUAUGAGUCUGGACGACGUGGUCAUCAUCAUGUCCAUUCCAAGGCGUCUGGUACUAACCAUUCGCUCCAAGAUUUUUGUGAGAAUACCCUCUCAUCCCCCACGGAGACUUGCGGAAGAGGUGCGUCCACCCAUUGUGGUGUGGAAAAAGGAGAUGGAGGAGGAGGAAGCAACGGAAGACUUUAACAGUAACAGUGAAAAUGGCCAGCUAAUUCACGCUAGAACAAAAGGUUUGCCAUCAGGGGUUCCGUCAGUAGCAAUUCCAUUAGAUGAUUGGGAAAGGAGAGAAUACGACGACCAUGGUCUCUACUAUAACUCACGCCCUCGACUUCGCAGAGUGCCGAUGGCUGAAAUCCGGGAGGAAGAGAGACGUUGGAGAAGGGCUCCAGAGAGAGCCCGGCGCCCGGUGGUUAUGCGUCAACCAAGAGCUCACCAAAAGUAUCCAAAAAUGCUAGAAAGUCUAGCCGAGCAGGUACACCCCUUUCAUAGGUGUCCACCCCCACCAGCUCCUUCCAAAAUAUCACAUCUAUCACACAGAACUCUGGAUACGAGACCUGUGAGAAGCAGCGCUGCCCGUCGCAGAUACUGGGACGAAUAUGAGGCUUCAUUAAGUAGUCGCCCAAAAAGGAUUAUGAGAGCGGAAAGUGAGCAAAGGAUUCCAAGAGACAGACAUCACGAGGAGGACGUUUACAAUAGAUAUGCUGCUAGGGAUCAUCGGCUUAGUUUACGAACGACGAGAACUAUGCAACCCAAGGUUCGAACAUGCCGAUCCCUAAGGGAAGGCCCGCCACAAGCUGGGAUUCUGCGCCGCUCUGUGAUAGAAAGCUGCUCUGAUACCGAAGUGCACGUAAACUCCAAAGAACCUGCUGUUUUAUACAGACAGGGCAGCUUGGGCCGUAUGCCCCCAUCCAGGGAACACUAUCAUUUCCGAAGCAAUUCACUGCCACGUGCUCGUGCUACCGAUCUGGAGACCCGGCGACGACGCCAGUCUGUCCGUUUUGAAAAGAAAACUCUGCCUUACGACUCUCAGGAGGACAGCGAUGGCGCAGUGUCUGCCCCAGAGUUUCCAUCCUCCAGGUCGGGUCGGAAAGCCUCAGGUCGCCGCAGACGAUCUCCAGAUAUCUUCACAGCUGGCGAGUAUCGGGACUGGUUACGUAGAGCACCUUCGACAUCGGCGAUAUACGAGCGCUUGAGACGAGGGCGAGGCUUACGUCAAGUGCAACCGUUGCCGAGAGUCGCUCACAGCGUCGAGAGCCUGCUAGACUCGCUUAACCACAAGCGGCAACGUGGGCUCUAUGCUCCUUAUGUUCCUGUCAGACGUUCUCUACUCAGGCCAAGGGCAGAAGAAUUCGCCCAAACAUCCCACCUGAUUCACCCGCAUUCAUUAGAGCACCACCAAACGGUCCCCUUUCCUUCCCCCACGAAGCAUUCGGACGAAAAGUUGCACCUGCUCACGCUGGACCCGAAGGAGUUCUAUAAAUACAGACCACAGAGAGAUUCUGAAAGAAAAAAUUCUGGUACGGAUUCGUUCAGCGGGCUCUUAAGGGUGCACCUUCUAACGGGUCGGGGCCUACGUCCCACGGAGCAGUUUGACCACUUCAGAGACCUGUACUGUGUGAUUGAGAGUGAUAACGUACACAAGGCAAGAACAGCAGUGCGAACGGGUGAACAUAGUUUCGACUGGGACGAGGUCUUCGAGCUCGAUCUAUUUGAGAACCAGGAAUUAUCCUUUCUCAUCUACAGUUGGGAUCCGCGGUACCGUCACAAGCUGUGUUACAAAGGAACGAUAAAUCUCAGUCUACUUAAAGAGGAGCCCAUCCAUAGCCUGGCCCUGAAACUGGGGCCGUGUGGAACACUCUACCUCAAGCUCCAAUUCACAGAACUCGGAGACCUACUGCAGAGAAUCCCGGCUCGCACCUCUACGGGGGUAUUCGGUGUAGAUCUGGAGACCAUCGUCGCAAGAGAGAACUCUAACAUAGGGGUACCACUUAUUCUGAAACUAUGUAUGGACGAAGUGGAAUCCAGAGGCCUGACAUUUCCCGGUGUCUACCGCAUCUGUGGUUCAGCAUUGAGUAAGAAAAUGCUGCGUGAUGGAUUUGAGAGGAAUUCCUGGCUGGUUGACCUGACGGAAGAGAAUGUUCCAGAUAUCAACGUUGUGGCAAGUCUUCUCAAGGACUAUCUUCGAGAGCUUCCGGAGCCCCUCUUCACAAAGGGUUUGUUCGAUAUGUUGAUAGAUGGCAUCAGCGUCUGUUUACCAGACGAUUCUGAGGGCAAUACGAAGUUAAUGUUCAGUAUCCUCGACUGCCUUCCAAAAGUUAACCGGUGUACGAUUUUGUGUUUGAUGGAUCACUUGAAGCAAGUGGCCAGUUAUAGUGAAAGAAACAAGAUGACCUCCCAGAACUUAGCAGUUUGCUUUGGCCCAGUUGUCAUGUGUCACACAAUGCCGAGAGAAAGAAGUGACGAUUUGCAGAAACCUAUCGACGUGCUACGAUAUCUUCUGGAUACCUGGCCUGUCCAUAGAGGGGAGGGAAGCAGCGAUUCAAGCACAAGUGGAAAAAACAGUCAAACUCCCGUAGAAGACAAUGGUGGUAAUGAUAACGGAAGAACGACAUCACAGAAGACAGUAGAGUGGUCAGUUGGUCACUGAGUUUUACCAGACUGCGUGUUAGCCGUACUACAACAAUAACUGCGUGCCAUAGUUUUAACUACGGCAUGGCCAAGCCAAAGACAAAUUAUGAGAAAACUGCCUCAAUUAAUUUUUGGAGGGUUUUAUUUUAUUUCUACACUGUAUCUUUCUAAUACAGCAAGUUAUAGUUCCGUUAUUUGUUGUAAGUCCCAAAUAAAUAGAAAUUAUGUAAUAAUACAUCGUUUAAAUGUGAUUAGCCCUCCUCAAAUUAGAAUGCAAAAGUUAAUAAUAAUCACCAGGUGGCGCUUUAACCAUCUACUCCUUACAUGUUGUCCUCCCCUUUGUUAACAUGGGAUGUUCCUAAUUCCGCUCGUGGAAAUCCAAGUAUUGUUGUUUUGCUAGUUGAUUGUUUGCAACACCCGACGAAAGAGCAAUUACAUAUUGUUAUUUUUCUUGUAAAGUUGUUAUGUCGACAACGGACUUGUUACACAGAGAUUACUGUCCGUCUAUCCCUUGUUUUUAAUAAACGAUUUAUCCUCUUAAA